AUGUCUGACCCAAGACUCGAUAUCAAGUAUGACUGGCGGUUAAGACUUGAAGUUUAUUGCACCAAAAACGGCAUCGACGAGCCAAAAUACAACACAUUCUCCGACCGCCGAGGAGGUCGCACAGCGUGGUCCUGUCAUGUCAUCGUCCACGGAACCACCUUUGCUGCCCGAUAUUGGUUUGAUGGUGAUUUCGUACAGAAUGCCAUGGAAGAUGCUGCGGAGGUAGCUUUGAAAGUUUUGGAUUCUAAGUCUUACCAGCAACCCAGCCAUGGACCACCGUCGGGAACCGUGCCUUGA